UUCAUUUAUUCACAUUCCUGUUGGGCUUUCAGUGUUUAUUGCAUUUUGGGCUUCAAAUUUGUCCACGCUUCCGGCCCGGGUUGAUGGGGUCCGCUCGAUUGAAGAAACGAAGUUCAUCUCUGCUAUGCGUGUGACGGCGAGGCGGUGACCUUUGCGAUUCUUCUCUCGAGUGUAACGAUCUGAUUAAUUACUUCGUGAUUAAUCUCAUUGAUUCAUGCCUCCACGAUGUGUCUCCAAAGCGUUGUUUGGAUCUGAGAGCAGGUGUGGUUUCAGUAUAAAUAUGUGUUAGGGGUCGUUGAUUAUUCAGAAAGAAAUCAAAACUGAAACGUUGGAGAUUAUGAGGGUGCUUGAGAAUGAUGAUCACAUUCGGUUGAUUGGAUUGAAGGAAAAAAACAGCUUUCUAUCUUCAAAUCGGAAUUAGGUUAGAUCCAGCCAUUGUUGAUUCUUUGUGCUACUGAUAAGAUCGAAUUCUGCUCAUGAAACAUGUGUUUCUGUUUCUUAUUACGGAAAAUCUUCAGGACAAACUUGGGAUGAGUUAGAUGAAUUCAAAGCUUAGUUUCAUAUCUUCGUUCUAUAUCAAAAUAUGGAAAGUUGCAACGCUGGAGAUGCAGAUGAAUGUAAAUCAGGGGAAGCUAAAAGCAGAAAACAGAAACAUGAUUUUGCAAAGCUUGCUUUUGGAAAUAGACAAUCUCUUGAAGCCAGAUUUGUGUGGUAUGAAUUCAAACGCACCAAAGGCAGAGUGGAUCGAAACUCAUAAAUGCAUCAUAGGAGAACAUCAGGAAGAGAUUCAAUCAACUAAGAAACUUGAUAAGCCCCAAGAAUAUAAGCUCAUGGAGAAGCCAUUUCAGCGGGAACUGAUGAAAAUUUUGUCUCCAUGGCUUGAAAGCAAGUGGAAGUUUAGUAGUCACGUUAAAAAUGAUAUUGCUUAUGUUUGACCCUGUCAAAAAUUGUAUUUUUGCAAGCAUGUUAAGAAUAAUAUAUGGGUCAGUUUUUACAUGAGAAGUACGUAUGGGAGGAUGAAGAAGAUGAGUGAUAUGGCUGGUUAUGUUUUCCUUCGGUUCAGAUUAAGAAAGUAGGUUCAGAACUUACUUCAAGUUUAUGCACAGAUCUUAUUCAUGCUUACUUUGUUACUUCAAGUGAGAUUUGAUUAACUUCUCAAA